AUGGACUCAGCUGACGGGAACAAGAAGCGCGGUGCGGAGGCCAACGAGUGGGAGCAGUUCGUCGCUAAGAACGGCAAAGACGAGAAGAACGCUCACAAUCAAGGUGGUAGUAGGAAACAUCUCAACAAGCAGGGCAGCGCUGUUCAGGGAGGAGCUUCAACCAAGCAGCCUGAUUCUCAGCGGGUGCAGGAGGUGGGUUCCUUCGACACGGACAGCUGCCUUGAGGAUCUGGGCAACGAACUCCAAAGCAAGCCUAAGACGUAUAAGCCACUGCCAGCGCAUAUGCGACCAUACAUUAUUAGUCCUUUGACUCCAGCUCCCAUGUACCAGUCCGCGCAGCCUCCUCAGAUUGCGCCCAAGCCAACCUACGGACCUCUUCCUCAGGUUUACCCGAUUGCCGGGGACGACCGAGCUUUGAUCUCCGACGAUGAGAAGGACACUGCGGGGGUGGAGGUCGAGGAUGUCUCGGAGAACAUCAACGUUGGCAAGACAAUCAAGCCGCUUGUGAGCAAGGGCAAAGACUACGACCCUGCCGUGAAGGAUCUGUUCAAGAACCGCGACAACAUCUAUGUCAACAAGCCGGUGGAGCGCAAGACUGCUAUCCAGAUGAUCGACGAGAUCAACGCGAAGAAGCUGCACGACGAUCUCACCAAGGUUGAGGACAUCAAGAUCGACGACGAGUAG